CAUGACUUUUAUUUGCUUAAUUUUUAUUUAUUCCGGCUUCUAAUUAUUUACUCUAUAAGGAUCAUUCGGUUCUUGCUGCCGCCUUCGUGGUUACGUAAGGUUCCUGUGGUGGCACCCACCGGCCUGGCCUGUUGGUACCUUACAGGAAGAGCCUCCCUUUGACCUUCGACGAAACGCGACUACUGCGUGCGACGCGUCUUCCUACACUACCAGCAAGCCCCCGAACGAAUAAAUAACCUAGGCUGACGUUAACUACGCUGAACCAGAAUAUUGGGCUGCUCCUUAUUAAUCAACCAGUUUUUUUAAACAUACUGCGAGCGCAAUGGCAGCAAGACAAGGCGCAUCAUUCUCGUCCAACCCGCCCAAGUCCCACGAGAGUGACGAUGAGGAUGUAGAAAUGUCCAACAGCGCCGAUGACUUAGGCAGCGAUCUCGAUGAUCCUUCAGUGGAACGAGUCAGUCCCGAAAUUCUUGAACUCAUCGACGAAUUGGCGGAAUAUCUAUGCGAAGUUAAAGAAGAUGAUGAAGAGCUAGCAGCUGGGUUCCAGCGCAUUCCCAAUCGACGGGCAUUACCAGAUUACUUCGAUGUUAUCAGUAAUCCUAUUGCGUUCAGCACUAUCAGAGGUAAAAUACAAAAGAAGUUGUAUACCUCUUUCGCUGAAUUUGUGAAGGAUGUCGCACAAAUUUGCCACAAUGCACAGGUAUACAACCGCCCUUCGGCUCCCAUUUUUGGGGCGGCAGUUCGAUUGCGCGAAGUGUUCGUCAAAGAGUUGCAGAACCUCGCUGCGCAAGGCAAAAUAUCAGCAUCGGAUACAACAAUACCUGACCUGGGGGAACUUCCACCUGCGGAAGAAUCGCUCUCUGUGGAUUCUGAAUCUUCAGGAGAUGAAGAUGUUGACGAUGAUGAUGACGAUUACGAUGGUUCUGACGACGAAUACGGUGCCAGCACGAGACGUACGAAGUUACAAAAAGCUACAUCUAGUCACAUGGUCAACCCAAGUGAUGGUGAUGGCGACAUUCAUAAAUCUAAAGCGCGUCCUACGAUGGUACUUACACCGGUUGAGGCACGCAUCGCAGCCAUUUUGCGCGACCUUCGAAAAUUGAGAGACCGUGACGGCAACAUUCUGAUUGCACCAUUCGAAAGACUGCCGGAUCGUGCGGCGCUUCCCGAUUAUUAUCAAACGAUAUCAAACCCAAUUGCACUAGACAAUAUCAAGAAGAAGGCCAAACGUAAGAAAUACGUCUCCGUUGAGCAGGCCAUGUCUGACAUCAACAUCAUGUUUGAGAAUGCCAAAACAUACAACGAAGAUGGUAGCGCGUUGUACGAGGCUGCAGUCGAACUCCAGCUUCAAGCAAAAGGGUUAGCAGAGCAAGAAUUGGCCAAAUCAGAUGAUGAGUUUCGGGAUGAGAAUGGGCGUUUGCCUCUGGCUGAAAUACAUCACAAUGGCGAGAUCUGGGGAGUCGGUGAUUGGGUUCAUAUCCGUAAUUCGAACGACCUAGCAAAGCCAAUCGUUGCACAGAUUUUUGGCACCUGGCAAGAUCGAGCUGGCGAGCAGUGGAUCAACGCUUGUUGGUAUUAUCGACCAGAGCAAACCGUACACCGGUUUGAAAAACACUUCUAUGAGUAUGAGGUGGUGAAAACUGGUCAAUACCGCGAUCACCAGAUAAGUGAGGUCCUCGACCGCUGCUUCGUUAUGUUUGUCACGAGGUUCAACAAAGGCAGGCCCAGAGGGUUCCCCGCCAAUAAGCAAAUCUAUGUCUGCGAAUCACGCUAUAACGAGGAAAAGUUCCAACUUAAUAAGAUUAAAACGUGGGCUAGUUGUAUGCCCGAUGAGGUGCGGGAUAGGGACUACGAGAUGGAUCUUUUUGAUAUGCCGCGAGAAAUGAAGAAAGUCCCCAGCCCAAUCAAACACUUACUUCGCGACGACGCGAAGGAAACGGAUGAGCUCCCACGCCCGACAUGGGGUAGCCCCAAUGCACCACCCAUUGUCGGUGCUGUUCAUCGUCGAGCUCCAGAGAAAAAUGAAUCCCCUCCACCAAGUUCGACUUCUCAACCGAUGAACUUCAUGCCACAUGCACCUGGAGGAUCACGCAAUAUGUCAGAUAUGGUUGCUGCCCAGGGUAUGCAUCCGAUGGUAACCCAAAUGGCUCAUCACCCAGGCGUGCAGUCACCGGCUCACCAAAUGCAUCUAAGCCAGCAGAUGCAGCAAACACCGGUUCCCUUGCCCCAGAUGCAGCAGCACUUAUCGCCUGUCGUUGGUCGCACUAUGCAAUUUCAAAACAGUACACAUGGGUCCUUUGCCCCAAGCUACCAACAGACGCCUAUGCAAACUGGGUCCCAUUCGCAGGCAUUUCAACAAGUACCACAAGGCUAUGGUUCUGUUCACCAUCCCCGACCUCAGACAGUAGGCCAAUCCCAGACACCUCAUCAAGUCAAUGUAUACAAUCCUCCUCGGCCUCCUGAGGUAUAUACAUUACCCGACACAAUGAAUGAUGCAUUGCCAGAAACUGUUCGUGCUGCAUUCCAGCAUGAUGUCAAUAACCGUGUACUAUUUUUCACAUCUCCACCACUGGAUCGUGUCGACGAUGGUGUAGCUCCUGUAGACGUUACCCUGGGACAUAGCGCAAAAUAUUUGUCUGGGCGCCAGGACUGGCUAAAAAAGAGAGCUGCGAGGAAGUUCGAACAAAGCGAAGGCGGAAAUAACAUGGCAACACAACACUUGGCGAAGAAGGCAAAUAUGGCGGUCAUCUCUGGCUUGCAGCCGCAAGCCAAUGCCGCUUUAACGUCUUGGUUUCGUCAGAUGGAUAAAGAUACUGAGGUAUGGAAAGAUGAGACUGGUCUGUAGCGCUGUAGUUGAGGGAGGUUGAGAAUUCGCUGGGAGUUUCGGAUUUGCGACUGGAUUUCGAUUCGUGUAUCAGUCAGUUUAGGGAGUGUUUCACCAUUCCAAUAGUUUUUAAAUAUUGAUUAUGUUGAAGGUAGCCGUUUUCGGUAGGCAUUGAAUACUUCCAGUGGUUAAAUUGCAUCCUGGUUAUAUUCCACAACCUGCAGCUUUGUGGUGUGAUAUCUAUCCAUGAUAUAUUCGUAGACCAUCCACUGUAUUGCAUUGACAAAGAAGGCUCGAGCGCAGCAUAUUGUAAAUCCUUUGAAAAGCACUUGCCCUCCUUCUUUUCGAAUUGCAUUUUUCGCAAUCUCGACGGCGCCCAUGUGGGAUUUCCAGUCCUGUAUCGGCUGGGUCUGCACACGGGUCUUGAUGACAUCGAGAGGAAAUACACUGGCCCACGUCACGAUGCCUGCUAUCCCGCCACAUGUUAGUGUACGAGCAGCUGCUGAUUUGCUGCUUUCAUCCAACCCUGUUAUCGUAUUCCAAUGAUUACACAUGAGCUUGUAGGACCAGAAAUAGAACCCAUAUCCGAUGCUAUCACGCAAUGCAGUUAUAGUGCCUCCUGUGAACAUCCCUCUAAUUCCUUGCGAUUGCCAUAUACUUUUUGUUAUGUCCCAGCUGUUCCCGCUCCGUCGCACCUUGACCUGUGCUUGGCAUUUAACAAGCUCAGUCGGUGUACUCACAACCCACGUAGCCAGACCACCAACAGCUCCAGCCACCCAAGUCGACCAAAGGCCACCAUCUCGGCCGAUGCAUUGGUUGAUUCCUGCCUCAGAUCUGUUGUAUACUACGUAGAGUAUAGCGUUGAGGGCACCGUAUCCUAGUAUCGGGCCAGCACUUCCGGCUAACG